CAGGAAGCUGGACUGCUAAAACGCUAACGCUAGCUGUCAACAAAGGGCGAAACUGUACGAAAUCGGUGAAUCCAUGUGGAAUACGGCGGUAUUGCGGAUUCCGAGAGCCUUCCUCUAAAUUUAAUUUCCCUGCGGUGCAAGUUGAAUCCGGAACAUGGCGACAACACCUCAGCUGUUCGAGGAGCCCUUUGAUGCAGAUGAGUACAUCGAGAGGUUGGCAUGGAGGACACCUGGGGGAGGCUCCAAAGGAGGAGCUGAGGCAUUUGACCCCAAAAGGCUGUUGGAGGAAUUCGAGAACCACAUCGAAGAGCUGAAGCAGUUGGACGAGAAGAUCCAGCGGCGAGUGGAGAAGCUUGAGCAUCAGUGUCACCGCGAGGCCAAGGAAUUUGCCCACAAAGUGCAAGACUUGCAAAAAAGCAACCAGGUGGCCUUUCAACAUUUCCAGGAGCUUGAUGAGCACAUAAGCUAUGUGGCGACAAAGGUUUGCCACCUUGGCGACCAGCUGGAGGGGGUGAACACGCCUCGGCAGAGGGCCGUGGAGGCUCAGCGUCUAAUGACCUACUUCAACGAGUUCCUGGACGGGGACCUACGCAGCGAUGUCUUCAAUAACCCCGACAAGAUUAAGGAGGCCGCUGAUAUAAUUCAGAAGCUGCAUCUCAUUGCCCAGGAGCUGCCAUUCGACAGAUUUGCAGAUGUCAAGGCAAAAAUUGCAAGUAAGUACCACGACCUGGAGAGGCAGUUGAUCCAGGAGUUCACAGCUGCACAGCGCAGGGGGGAGAUUGGACGUAUGCGGGAGGUGGCAGCGGUUCUAUUACAUUUCAAGGGCUACGCGCACUGUGUGGAUGUCUAUAUCAAGCAGUGUCAGGAAGGGGCCUACCUGAGGAACGAUGUGUUUGAGGACACUGCGGCCCUCUGCCAGAGGGUCAACAAGCAGGUGGGCGAGGUCUUCAGCAGUCCAGAGACGGUGAUGGCCAAACUCAUUCAGAACAUCUUUGAAAACAAAUUGCAGAGCCACGUCAGAGAGAAACUGGAUGGAACGCGACACUCGGACGUGGAGCAAUACCUUAAGAACCUCUAUGAUCUCUACACCAGGACCACCGCAUUGGCCACUAAACUGGCUGAGUUCAACCUCGGCUCAGACAAGCACACUUUCCUGUCUAAGCUGAUAAAGAGCAUCUUCUCCUCAUACCUCGAAAGCUACAUUGAGAUCGAGAAGGAAUACCUUCGCACUAGAGGGGCCUUGAUUCUGCAGCGCUACUACGACUCCAAGAAUCACCAGAAGCGCACCAUUGGCACCGGCAGUAUCCAAGAACUGAAGGAGCGGAUCAGACAGCGCACUAACCUCCCCCUCGGCUCCAUGGUUGACACCCAUGGGGAGACCUUUCUGUCUCCAGAGCUAGUUGUAAACCUGCUGCAGGAGACGCGUCAUGCCUUUGAGCGAUGCAACAGGCUUUCAGAUCCUUCAGACCUGCCCAAGAAUGCCUUCUCUAUCUUCCUGCUGCUGGUCGACCAUCUGUGUGUGGAUCACAUUGACUACGCUCUAGAGAUUGGCCUCUCAGCAAUUCCCUCAUCGGAUGCCAAGAAUGCCAACCUCUACUUCCUGGACGUCGUUCAACAGGCCAACUCUAUCUUCCACUUGUUUGACAAGCAGUUUAAUGACCAGCUCAUGCCUCUCAUAAGCUCCUCUCCAAAGUUGGCCGAGUGCCUGCACAAGAAGAAAGAGGUGAUUGAGCAGAUGGAAGUGAAACUGGACACAGGAAUUGACCGAACAAUAAACUGCAUGGUGGGCCAGAUGAAGCACAUCUUGGCGACGGAGCAGAAAAAGACAGAUUUCAAGCCCGAGGACGAGAACAACGUCAUGAUCCAGUACACCACAGCUUGCACCAAGGUAUGCGCCUACGUCAGUCGGCAGGUGGAGCAUGUGCGGAAGUCCAUGGACGGGAAAAACGUGGACACGGUGCUGACCGAGUUGGGCGUUCGUUUUCACCGGCUCACCCACGAGCACCUACAGCAGUACAGCUACAGCUCAAUGGGAGGCAUGCUGGCCAUCUGCGACGUGGCUGAAUACCGACGAUGCGCCAAGGAUUUCAAGGUUCCUUUGGUGCUGCAGCUCUUCGACACACUUCACGCCCUCUGCAACCUCCUGGUGGUUGCCCCUGACAACCUGAAGCAGGUUUGUUCAGGUGAGCAGCUGACCAAUCUGGACCGAAACCUCCUGCACGCCUUCGUCCAGCUCAGAGUGGACUACCGCUCGGCCAGGCUGGGCCGACACUUCAGUUAACGACUAUUCGAACACCUCGCUGCCCUCCGUCCAGAAACCCACGCUUUGCAGAGACGAUGCACCUUGAAGAAACCACUCCUUCUGCAGAGAACGCGUCGGCCCGGCUCCGGCACAAGGACUCCGCCGGGGUUGCUUUGUACACCGGGGAGACAAAAGGCUACUGCUCCUUGAAUGUGGGAAAUGUGCAUUUCACCUUUUUUCAUUGUCUAUUUCUUCGAGCGGAAGAGAUCUAACUGUCAAUUGACUUAAUAUUUCAUUUGUUUUUAAAUACUAAUCUAUCACCAAAUCACAAGGCUAAACCUUCUGACAUGUUAUAGUAAAU